AGCAAACUUUGACAAGAUACCACCAUUUUUCAAGGUGGCCAUUUCUUCAUGACGAUGCGCAGGAGGUUGCUAUUCAGCUGCCUGGGACCAUCUUCAUGCCUCUCUCAUGUCUCCUCAAGCGAGCCCUAACUUGCAAAGAUGAAAUGGCCACUGCUCAUUCAAAUCUCUCGAGGUGCAAUCCCUAUCUAUUUCGCCUAGAUCACCAGAGAUAGAACUCCCAAUCCUGGCUUGACUUGGAACGCAUGCCUAGAUGGCUAUGUCCGCAGCAGAGCAGGAGCACCUCAAUGGCCACAGUGGCUUAAUCCUGGCGGUCUUCUGUAUCGUCUCCAUCUUGGUCAUCUGGCCUGUCAGGAUCCCUCUUCCACAUGCUGUGCAACAACCAUUACGUCGAAUCUUGCACCAAGCCCGCAUCAUCGACGAUGCCGACUACGAAUACCUUUCGAAACGGCCCUUGCACAUCUCCCUUUCUCUCACCACCGCCCCGGUCAUUGCAGUCAUUCUUCUCCUUGCCACCACCACUAUCAACGGGAGUACCAUCAGGUUGGGCAUCGUCGGGGACGAAAAUGUCAAACCCUACGAUGUUCUGGUCCUCUUCAUCUCCUUGGCUUAUAUUGCCAUUGCACUCGACGGCACGGGCGCCUUGGAAGCAGUUGCAUUCUACGUUUCCAAAAGGGGAGGGAGCUCCGGUCGACUGUUGUUCACCUAUCUUUAUCUCUUCUUCCUCAUGACAGCUUGCAUUGUAGGCAACGAUCCUCUCAUCCUCUCAGGAACUCCCUUUCUGGCUUAUCUGACUCAACACACCGGCCUCGAACCUACAGCCUGGGUGUUUAGCGAGUUCAUGGCUGCCAACACCGCCUCGGCUGUUCUGGUCUCCUCAAACCCGACUAAUAUCCUCAUCACUGGCAGCUUCGGUCUGAAUUUCCUCACAGGCUUCACCAAGUGGACUAUCCUCCCAGCUUUGAUUCCAGCCGCCUUGAACUAUCCCAUCAUUUUGGCCAUGUUUUGGAAACGAAUACCCAAGAACAUCACCCCUCUCACGGAGGAUCCCUGGUCUAAGUUGAGAGAUCGUGCUGGUGCCAUUUUCCUCAGCGUGCUUCUUGUGGUGACGGUCGCAGUCUUGGUCGGAACGAGUUUUGUCCCAGAGCAUGCGGUUGAGGUGUGGAUGGUCACGGCCCCAGCAGGCAUACUGGGGUUUCUGUGGGAUCUCAGCAGCGACUGGUUCCGGCCUCAGAAACAGCGUGAAGUCAUCCGCCGGCAAUCCACCGACCAAGCCGCCGAAAUGCAAUCUCUCGAUCGUACCCGUUCUAGAUCUAGCCAGCGAAGACAACAGUCUCUCCAUCCUCCCGGCCAGAAAGAGACAAUCCAAUCCGAGAACCAGCCAGAAAUCUCGGCCACACAAUCGCCCAUGUCCCUCAACGACAAAGCAACACGACCCAAGAACGAAAGGUUCACAGUCAGCAAGAUGAUCCGCCUGUUCGCGCAACACUUCCCAGCCACGACACGCACGAUUCGACGUCUCCCUAUCCCACUCCUCCCAUUCGCCAUGGCCGAGUUCGUGCUAGUACGGGGACUGGCGCAGCGUGGGUGGAUCAGCGUGUUUGCACGAGGGUUUGCCAACGCAUGCACAACCCCGGCGCGGGCCGUCUUCUUCAUGUCGUACGUGUCGGCGGCGUUCCUGUGUCCGCUGGCAGGGACCAACAUUGGAGCCACCAUCAUCUUGGUCGAGAUCAUGCGCAACCCUGCAUUCCUACAGAGCGAGGCGGUGCUGCGCGACGAGCGCGUCUUGCUCGGUGCCAUCUACGCCGUCGCCCUGGGCAGCAACAUUGGUGCCUUUAGCUACACGUUUGCCGGCAGUCUGGCCGGCUUGUUGUGGAGAGGCUUGUUGGACGACAAGGGCAUCGUCAUAUCUCAGGCCAGAUUUGCUCUGGUCAAUGCCUUGCCCCUCAUAAUGCAGAGCACUGUCAGUGGUGCAGUGAUUCUGGGCCAGUUGUAUUGGUUCGUUUAAGGCCAAAUCGCCUCAUGUGCAAAUCAAGUACAGUUAGUAUAUCGUAUAUAGAGCGU